AGAUGUACAAUUAUUCCAGCACCUGGCCAAGUCCUUGUAUACCAAUGAGGAAAGAAGCAAUCACUCACCUACACCUGAGCAUUCUGGGAGGACUACCAAUGAUUCUUCCUCUGGACCCGAAUCAGUCAAACAGGCACCCAUCGACAAUGUGUGGAUUAACAUUGUCGUUCCUGAAUAUGGGGAGUCAUCAGAACCAGGCGCUACAGACACCGUCUUUCAUUCAGGAUGGAGUAGGGUGCAUGAAGAGGAUGUUGAGGUCGAUGAUGACGGCCAGCAGGUUGUUUUUGCUGACAUGAGAGAGAAGUUUGGGAAGGCGAGAAGUGACAUGGAAAGUCUUUCAGUGACUAAAAUGAGAGAGUACACAGGGAUGGUAGCAUCUAAACUGGACAAGAUUGCAGAUGAACUCCCAGUUGGAGGUUAUCUCCUUGAUGUUGUUUGGCUCAUGCCCACCAGUACUGACUUUCCCAUCCUGGAGCGUCCGGAUGCUUUCCUCUUCUCUGUGCUGCGACGCCUAGAGGUGUGGCACCACGCCCGCAUCACCAUCAUGCUAGGGAAGGGUAUGGAGGGGCAAGAGCACCCCUCCCUGACCCACUGGAAGACGUUCAUAGAGAGCAAGGUGGUGGAGUUGAGGUCGUCAGAUGGCAAGGAUGCCAACGUGGAUGACAUCUUGUCAGAAUCAGGCUCUCUGGCUUGGCAAGGCCAGGUCAAGUACAUAUCAAGUCGAGGUACUGCUUUUCCUCCAUGGCAAGGGUUUAGUCUACAUCGUCUUGCUGAUGACAGCAAUAGAUCAGAGCCUUUCAUUGAGAUUCUUAAUCCUAGUGCUAAUUCUCAGCAAGACGUCGCUGGAAGCCAGCAAUCGAUGGAUGAUUCUUUUGUCUCGAUAUCAAAUCAUGAAUUAAAGUCUAAGUAUGUUGUGAAUGAAACACUUGAGUUCAUCCAUCUUGCCAAUCUACAUGAGAUCCCAUCCUGGUUUAUCCUACCUGGAAAGUUUGAACUAUGCCUGAAAGAUAAAGAAAAAAGGCAGCGCUUCUCUCGGUCUAAGUUCUGGAUGCAGUACCUGACCCAUCGAUUGCCUGGUGAUGGUCAAGGUGCUAUAUGUCAGUUGAGCUGUCUUGAAGUGGAAGGUCCUGUUCCAGAGGCUCAGAAUGCUGGACUAAGUACCCAGAUUUGGACCAAUGGCAUCACAAACAAUCCUCUAAAUCCUACUGUUCCAAAUGUGCAAUUGAAAGGUACUCGGCAUACAUUCUUCUUUCUGGUCCACGGGGAUAGGAGGGGAAGGUGUAUUGCCUUGCCACUUGUCUCCCCAUUUAUGUUGAAUGGAGCAGCCCAUGCGUUAUUAGCCUGUCAUGAAGAAGAGGAACGUUCCAGUGAUGCUGAAGAAGAAGAUCAAUCAGCCAGGGAGGUACUUGAUUCCCUCCCAACCGUCAGUGGUCGACGGCUUCGUGAGGAGGAAGAAGAACUGGCUAAGAUGCAGAUCAAAGCCCUGGCAAUGGUUAUUGAGAAAAUCCGCUCUGAAGGUCUUGAGAUCAACGUGACACCAUCUCUCCUCAUCUUCCUCUUCAACUACAUGAGGAAGGUGUUCUAUGAAGGGUACAGUAUUGAUGAGAACAGAUCCAGCCCAGCAAAUCAAAGGCCAUCAACGGACACUCCAGAACAAAGACCGACCCUUGAGGCAGAAAGUAGAAAUGAAGAGGAAGCUAUGGAUGUUGAGAGGAGAGAUGAGGGUGGUGUGGCGGAAGCUGAGAAUGCAAGUGAGCCUAGACCAGCUAGGAUAGACCUCAGGACCUUACCAACAGAAUUGACACAGAGUCCAUCCCAAUGGGUUGAGAGACAGGCCUUGCAGAAUAGGGAAUCGAUUGCCAAUCGUUUAAGAAGAAUCCGAUCAGAGGAUCUAACCUUAGGAGGAUUUGCUGUACCGUCCACAGACAGCAACACAAUCACCUUGAGUGCCAAAGAGUUCCGUAGUCAUUUCAAACCCAACGGCCAGCCCAAGCGAGAUGACCUGGUCAUUGUCCCACCCUCUGGUGUCCGGCAUAGUCCAAGGACGAGAUCAUCGGUAGCUGGUCAUCAUAACAACGGACCAACAGUCCAGGAACUGAUGCAGACAGAGUUCUCAGAUUCACUUAAACUCAAGUACCAUGGUAUCAGUUACUGCAAAGAGAAGCCCGAUUCUCAAAGUAUAGACCAGAAGAUGAUGCGUCUUCAGCAGCGAUGCGUCCGUCAAGAGAUGUCUUGUACGUUCACCUCUCACCAUCAUUCUACUCUGGCUAUCAGGACCAAGAGGAAACACUCAGAAUCACCAAGCACACAACAGUCAAAGACAAGAAAGCUCUCUCCAUCUGCCAAAAAGAAGUCCUCCCAAAGCACUCCUAGGAAAAGAAUCAUGCCUGGUAGGACAGCUAAAACACCUCAGAAGGUUGUGGGUUCAACGCCUAAGAAUGGCGCAUCCACACCCAGAUCAAGAAAGAAAAGGGCUCGGAUAUCAACCUCAGGGGGGCUUACUCCAAAGAGACUUAGGCGCUCCACCCCUGUCAAAUCAACCAAACCUGAAGAGAUGACCUCUCCUCGGCGGUCAGCCAGGAAGCUUGCCAAGGAUCUCCAUCCUGCCACCACCAACACCACCAUCUCCUCCUUCACCUCUCCAUCUACCUCCUCCACCCACCAACCCUCAUCAUCAUCAGCUGCAUCAUCAUCGACACCAUCUAAGAGAACUCAGAAGCAUGCCAAAGUUACUGUCAAGAGCGCGGAAUCCAAGAAAGCAAGGAGGUCCUCAGUGUCGAGAUCAGAGAAGCAUAAAAUGAAAUUACGUUCCAUUGUUGAGGAGACCCUAGCAGCCAAGGGGAUUGAUUCUAGUCAUGUGUGCUUUAAACCUUGUGUUACAAGACUAUAUACACAAACUAAGAUGUUUGUAAAGGAUCUGAAGUCAUCAAAGGGUCUGUAUGAUGAGAUGAGGAAGAUUGCUGAAGCCAAUGCUGACUUUGUAAUCACCUUUGAACAGAAUAGAGUAGUAACAAAAUCAUGAUCACUGUCCUUUGCACAGAUCAAGUAGUACAUUGUAAUAGUUUUUUCUUUGAGAGAGAGAGAGAAAGAGAAAGAUGCAACAAGAAAUAGGUUCCUUUGUGAUGUUCAAAAUCUUUUAGGGGAGCAUUUCACGAUGGCAUUUGUUAGGUAUUUCAGAGGAUGUAUAUAGAGAAGGUGGUAAUCCAAAUUUGAAAUGACUUCAUCAAAGUAUGAAAGAACAUCUCAGUAACUCUUCACUGUCAUAUUUCCUGCACCUCUAUCAUAAUGCAUGACUCCCCCAAUUUAGUGUUGAUGAAAAAAGGUACAAACUCCAAGUUUUGGCAAGUAAGAUUAAAAUAAAACUUUUACCGAUGCCUGCUUCAGCUGAGUAUGUUCUUUGACCAUGGACAUUGUUAAUGAAUGCAAGGCAGCAUAGGUUUCUUCACUUCCACUUGGAAAAAAUAUAAUCUGUACCUGUUGUCUUCCUGAUUAAUUUAUUCACUCAUGAGUGAUGUAAGAAAUGUAUUAUAUCAGGAAAUGAUGAGGAGUUGCUUUUUCGUGUCAUGGUUAAUCAAGAUCAUAAUCUUCAAUAAUAUUCUUUAAUGUAUUAACCUUCUAAAUUGGAUAAUUUUUAUUCUUAUGCGCACAGUUUAAGCUACUGAAACCCUUCUAUCAGACUUAGUGAAAGUCACCGACGGGUCUAUUCACAUAACCUACCAACUAUCCCUAUUAAAAUGGACAGUCUCAAGUUUUGGUGAAAGAGAGCCACCUCAACCAGUGUCUAUAUUUUUGUUAAAAUUCAGAUUUUUAGCCAACUAGCUGUAUACUCUAAUCAAUUAUUGGAUGCUUUGUUAACCUUUUAAGACCCCUAUGCCACCACCCCCCCCCCCAUCUCGCAUUGCAGUGACAUGAUUUAUUCUAUACAUUGGUUGAGACAUUUUUCACUGUGUACCUGGACAGCAUCUUAUGGCACAUCUUUCAGUGAUUUCACUAUUCUUCUCAAUCAAUCAAAAUCGAGUGUUUCAGUAGUUUAUAACAGUUGCUAAUGUAAAUCCCUGACAAAUCACUUUGUGGAAAGCUACCCUGAAUGUCUUAUUCACUGAGUCUACAGCAUCACUUUAUAUGACACUCUGGACAUGCAGAUAAUCUGAAGUAGUGUUGCACAAUACGAUAUAACAAUAAUAUUGUGUCAUUGAAAAUUGAAUGAAUAGAUCAGAUUGGGUCCAUGGUGUAUCACCUUUCAUAUUGCUAACAAUUGAGGUUUCAAUGUGUUUUGUACAGAAAUCUACCUUGAAAUGCUAUAAAACCCAGACAUUAUCCCAUUACCCCAAUCCAACUCACUAGGGUCCCUGGGAAAGAGUCAUAAAAAUGUCAUCCCUAUUCAAGCAAUAUAUAUUCCCUACUCAAAUGUAUUAUACUUUUAGUCUUUCCUGAAAAAGGGUGGUUUAUUAACAUUCUUUAACACUUAAACAAUUAUUCAGUUGGGAUGGGUUAUCUCCACAUCAUGGAUUUUACAGCUGGCAAUCGUGCAGCCCUAAUCUUGAGUACCUGCUGGUUAAAGGAGGAUGAAAAUUUGUUUUCUAGUCAAUGUACACAAGAUAAUUAAUACUAAUAUAAAAUAUAUUACCUCUAUGCAAUUAUGCAUUCCUUUUUAACUUUUCAUUUUCAUGGGGAGGAUUUUCCCAUUUCCCCUUCCUUGAUACAUGUAUAUCUCUGUACAGUAGACUCAGAUAUGAAUUUACUCAGAAUUAUGGUUACCUGUACAUGACUUAGCAGAUUGUAUGAUUGCUAUGACUUCAUUACAAUUACGCAUUGAAUUUGCUUUAUACUUAUAAAAAGGAAUGCAAUUGUCAUGAAUUGAAUUACAAUAUUCUCAUCAAAAUUUCGAUCUUUGGAUAGUAGAAUGUUCCAUGGUCAAAUAAGCGUUGUACAUUUUUAUCCUAAAAGUGGGGUUGCAGACCAGUCAUAGUGUUUUCAGCCUUAAGUGAUAUGUGCUAGUUAAAGACUAUUUAUUACAAAUGAUAUACCUUCUAUAAAAACAUCUGGAUGAUUCAUAAAUAAUUUUUAGUGGCAACAAAUUUCAAAGACCAUAAUCCAUGUUUUAUUUAUUACUUUACCAUAGGCAGCAAAUCCUGUCUCAAAUGUGUAAGAAAAUAUUCAUUGUGUAUUAACUUUAUAUUCCCAUUUUAGUCCAAGAAAAGUUUGAAUCUAUAUCUGAUCUUCACUCCUUGAAAGUUAAAUUUUGGACAGUUGCUAAAAAUAUUGUUUUGGGAACAUAUUUUUUUGUUUGUUUUCAGGGUGCUAGAAACAUCCUUUACUGUUUUUCGAUUUCUACACAACUUGAUUUACUCCUACAUUGAGUGGUGUCAAGUAUAGUGUUGAAAGCAGGUGUUGGUGUUGCUCAACACCAUCACUAGCAAUAACACUGUAGUUGAAUUUAGGCCAAUGUUUGAUGUGAUCUUCUGAACCAAGUAUCAUAGUUGGCGUUGAUGAUCUACAUGCAUUGUACAAUUGACUAAUUCUAGACCAGGGGUUCUCAAACUUUUUCUUUGAAGGGCCAGAUGAGAUUCGAAAUACCAGUAAACCUGAAAGGGCCAGGGUGAAGUGGAUACUUAGAAAAAUAAAAUGUGCGCGAAGCGCGAAUACCCUUGCGGCCGGGGUCCUAGAUGCUCUCUGGUGCAAUCUGGUCCUUAUUUUUGGAGAAUUUAAUCCAACAAAUUUAUAAGUUUCAUAUGGAACACAGGCAAUAAAUAAAAUACAGCGAGAGUCAAUAGUAAUGACAACGAAAUUGUAGUUCUUUGUUAAAAGGAAUGUAGAUUGUACCUAUGUCAAUUUUAACACAUACCUGGAAUUGAAGAGAAAGAUAAAGUUUUGUAGAAGGCCUAUCAAUAUUUUUUUGUAGUCAAAGUAGAUUGGCCAACAUAUUGGUCUCGUGCUCGAUUGCGGUAAAAUGAAUGCAUACUUGUCUGUCCAUUCUUCAUGGAAAACAAGAUUUUCAGCAUCCACCUUUCUUUUCUUCGCAGAAUUUGAUGCCAUCUUGACCUGGCUAACAAUUAAUGAUGACUAAUUUAACCCUGAGAAAAUCCGCAGAACUGAACCGACAAUUAAGUUUACGUUUUAACCAAAUAGAUCGCGUGUUGCAAUGUGUGCGCGCGUGUUUUCAAAUGCUAUGUGUUAUCAAUGUUUUUUCAAUGUAGCGCCGCGCUGGUCUUCUAAAGUAGAACAGACAGAAAAGAUUCCACUAAACUUGAUUUAAAAGUUAAAUUAGUUUGACUGUCAUUACUUUUAUUACGGUGUCAUGGAUACACAAUGUAAUCAUAUUGUGACUGAAAAGUGAUGGAAAAAAGCCAGCAGUCUCGCGGGCCGUAGUUUGAGAACCCCUGUUCUAGACCCUAAGGAUUGGUUCAGGGUUUGAUGAUGGUGUUGGCAAUUUCCAGCUCAUGAACAGAAUGAAAACAACACUGAAAUUAGCUUUUACAGCAAAGAUGAGUGCAAAUUAUCAUAUUUCUAAUGAGUUUAACAAGUAAGAAUAUAACUCUUUUGAUUUCUAAAUGGGUUUUUGCAUUCCAUAUGAUGAGAUUUAAGUGCAAUUUCUCCCCAUUGUCGCUUUCAUUGUCAAGACUUUUUGUGUGAAGUUGAGAUGAUUGCACAGCUGUGAUAUUACUCAGUAUUGAGCUAUCAAUGAUGUAUUUAAAAUUUUCUUACUUAGCUCAGUCCGGUGUUGGAGCAUGAUUCAGCAGCUUUUUCACGCUCUCAACACCUGCACCAACACACUACUUGAAAUCACCCACUGUAUGCAACUAAGACUGACUAAAUCCAUGGCAGGGUAAUAAUAGUCUGUAAGCCAAGCCAAGUAUUUGGAUAUUAUUUCACUGAGCACCCUAGAUAUAUUAACCAGAUUUUAAUUGGUAAUGUUACCAGACAAUUCACCUUUAAUAAUUUAAGGAGCUUGAAACACAAACUUUUGUAUCCAUAGUUAAUCAUUUGUGAGCCAUGUUAACAGCUGUUAGAUUCAUCCAUUCAGAUAAUGGACCAGCUGGGUGCUUCAUAAAGCUGUUCUUAAGUUUUGAGCAACUUUACAAACGAUCGGUGAAUCUUUCUUGAGGUAAAUGAUACAAACCAGAUUUUAAUUGGUGUUCAUGUAGUUCCUACGAAAGGAUCACCAGUCAUUCGUUAAGUUGCUUGUAACUUACGGACAGCUAUAUGAAAUGCCCACCUGUGUUAGGAAGAGAUUCAUUUAAACACAGCUCAAAGAAUCAAACACAAGUCCCUCUUGCAUGUUUCUUAUUGGUUGAAAAUCAAGUUGUGUUUGAUUUUAGGAAUGAAGUCUGAUCGCAGCUCUUCCUGCAACCAAGAAGACUUUCUAAACAUCAUGUGGGUGCCUCUAAAGAUUAAAGGUGCAAAAUUCUACUGUGUGUUAUAAGAAAUGUUUUGGAAGAAAAAGAAAAACCUUUCAAAGUUAAUUAUUUCUGUUACAAAGCUGUAAAUAAUGAAAUACAAAGAGGUCAUUAGAUUAGAAUUUGUUUUGAGAAAAAUAUUAUUAAAAAGCAUGAAUUUUAUGAAAAGAUGC